UUUCUGACUGGACUACUGGGUGAUACAUUCCGUGUCAUUGAAAUACAGAGAGUUUAUAAAUGGGGAGCUAGGCAAGUACUAAAGAAGAGCACUUCUCAUUUCUCUAGAUUUUCCUGCACCUCUGUGCAACUGUGGUCGUCACACCGAGGGCAUAUAAAUUAAAAAUCUAGAAAUAUAUCACAUAGUGAGGCUCAUCUUCAUUGUACACUGACUGACUUCUUGCCUGAAAGUUGGAAGCUAUCUAAAUGGCCCAAACUCAGAGGAACAGCGGUGCUUUAGCAGCUGCAUGCAUGCUGUUUCUGGGUUUAGUGAUUAUGCAACAAAUGGUGAGCGCAGAGAGAUUACUCAAGGAUAAAAACCCCGAUCAAGUUUUUGGUGAUCAGAAAGAAAUAAGACCAGGGCUUUUGCUUACAGCAGUACGCUUCUUUUGGCAGGGUGGCGAGUCUUCUUAUGAACCUGUUUGGCCUGAGAUGGAGUUUGGGUGGAAAAUUGUAGUAGGAUCCAUAGUUGGAUUUUUUGGUGCUGCAUUGGGCAGCGUUGGAGGAGUUGGAGGUGGCGGAAUUUUUGUCCCCAUGCUCACCUUGAUCAUCGGCUUUGACCCCAAAUCUGCCACCGCCAUUUCUAAAUGCAUGAUAAUGGGAGCAGCUGGAUCAACAGUUUACUACAACCUGAGACUGAGGCACCCAUCACUGGAUAUGCCUCUCAUAGAUUACGACCUGGCAUUGCUAUUUCAGCCGAUGCUCAUGCUUGGAAUCAGCAUCGGAGUUGCCUUCAAUGUCAUGUUUGCAGAUUGGAUGGUCACCGUUCUACUUAUCAUCCUCUUUUUGGGCACAUCAACAAAAGCGCUGAUGAAAGGGAUAGAAACAUGGAAAAAAGAGACAUUAAUGAAGCAGGAAGCAGCCAGGGCGGUGGAGUCUGAGACCAAACUCAUCGAAGGUCAAGAACAAGAUUACAAACGACUACCCAGUGGUCCGGCUGCCUCACAAAAUGACGAGGUUCCCAUCCUCCAAAACAUUUACUGGAAGGAGUUAUCGUUGCUUGUGUAUGUGUGGAUAGGUUUUCUUGCUGUACAAAUCGCUAAGGAAUACGUUAAAACCUGCUCCAUAGCAUACUGGAUUCUGAACUCCCUUCAAGUACCUAUUGCUGUCUCUGUCACACUCUUUGAAGCCAUAUGCUUAUACAGUGGAAAAAGGGUGAUUGCAUCCAAGGGAAAAGAGAUUACAAAUUGGAAGAUACAUCAGAUUUUAUUUUACUGUUCUUGUGGGAUAGUAGCUGGCAUGGUAGGUGGAUUACUUGGGCUAGGAGGAGGGUUUAUCUUGGGACCUCUUUUUCUUGAACUGGGAAUUCCACCUCAGGUAGCAAGUGCCACAUCAACAUUUGCAAUGGUAUUCUCAUCUUCAAUGUCAGUUGUACAAUACCAUCUUAUCAACCGUUUCCCUGUCCCAUAUGCUGCUUAUUUUACUUUAGUUGCAACAAUAGCUGCUUUCACUGGUCAGCAUGUAGUGAGAAAGAUAAUUGCAGUCCUUGGCAGGACAUCAAUAAUAAUUUUUAUACUGGCUUUGACAAUCUUUGUGAGCGCCAUCAGUUUAGGUGGGGUGGGCAUUGAAAACAUGGUUGAGAAGUUGGAGAAUCAAGAAUACAUGGGAUUUGAAAAUCUGUGCCACCAAUCCUGAAUUCUAUUGUAUAGUAGUGUUAGCUCACUACAUUCAAAAUCACAUUAUAUACUGUGCCUAUGUCUGCUAAAACUUCUACAGCAAAGUUUCAUUAUGUUUUUUAUUUCUUUCUCCCAGCACAGUUUUUGUAAUGGCUUCUGCAGGACAAUCUUUGGGGAAUAAUGUGCCAAGUUGAGACCUUAAAUUUUUCAUUUUGCUA